AUGGAGGAUACUGCGCUCUUGAUCGAUCAGCGAUCGUUGGUCUCCACCAAAGAGAGUGAUGUUCACGAUCGCGGUCUGGGACCUACGCAUCCCAUCGAAGGAGCCAAAAUUGCGCUGAAGCGUGACUUUCCAUGGCUUGAGCUCAUGUUUCACGCUGCAGCACUCGCCAUUGCUGGUGUCCUUCUGUGGAUACACAUCAUCGGACUCUUUUGGAGGGAUUUCAAGAUCAAGAACCAGAAGCGGCAGAACAUGGAACUUAAGGCAUUUCAGGUCGCGUCCAAGGCUCACGAGUUGCUGAUGCUCGCAUCACUAUCCAUAAUUGUCUUUCACUACAUGCGAAGACUGCUGGUCGGGCGAAAUGGUAUUCCCUUCGGACUCGUCAAUGCACUUCAUGUCACAGGCUCGCCCAGCAUGCUGUUCAAGUGGUCAUUCUGGGCGGGGUGGAGGCGUCACCUCCCAUUCGGAGGCUUGUUGUUUCUCACCUGUAUCUUUUCGCUGACUUUAGGGCCGUCGUCAGCGAUCACAAUGAUUCCUUCGCUUGAGUGGUACGAGAUGAAGAACGCUUUUCCAGCCAACGGCUCAACCGUCCUCUACAACGCAACUGCAGCCGAAAUCUGGCCGACGGUCUUCAAUAACUCAAUGGACACAAAUGAAACUGCUCGUUGCCUCCAAGAUCCAUUCAAGUCACCAUUAAACCUACACUGCCCGUCGGCAGGGUUCAUCGAUAUCUAUAAAUGGUUUAUCAGUUUCACGAAGACUGGAUCACGCGAUGACUUGCUGUUCACAGACCUACGUGCGAGCAGCGUUCAACGGAGGGUCUCCAUCAAGACUGGCAAUGACCCAAAGGGCGGCUGGGCCUACACCACCGUCGUCACAGAGCUGAGCUCGAGAACACUCGGUACAUUUUAUAACUAUGCAAGACACAAUAAUGCCGGCGGUACUAGAGACAUGGCAUAUCCUCGAUUGCGCAUCACAGCGGACACUCCAAUACACCAGCCCAUCGUCUAUGUGAAGUGUAGCCUCUCUAUGUGGGACCAAGUCCCGGAUCGACUACGUGUCCCAUUUCCGAACAUCGUUAGGUCACAGGCAUGGGGGCAGGAAGCAUUGCAUCCCGAAGCUGAGACACAAUACGCCAAGUCCAACGAUACCAUCUUUGAUCGGCUACCGAGUAAGAACGCGAGGUUCAAAUGGUACAAAAACGAUAACGGGGAUUUGUCAUCAUCGCUACUUGCGUUGGCAAUCAUCCCUGUCUCAGCCAAAAACUCCACAAAAGACAGAUACCCAUCCACUGCCACUGUGGCAUGCUCAACUGAUGCAAGGUGGGUCUCUAGCGAUGCAUAUUACCAGCCCAAGAACUCGACCACUGUCUCGAGCAACGUUUCUGAUGCACUCUCCGAGACCGAAUGGAAACCCGAAAAAGCACUCCUCACCAAGUUGGGCAUAUCAGAAAACCCGCUCGACUUGCGGCGCGACUGGGCGUAUUUUCUGAACCGACAGCAAAGCGAGUGGCUAGCCGACAACUCUUCCUCCAGUGUCAGUGGCAUGGCCCGGUUCCUCAAUACUGCCAUCAUCCGCCCUAAACAAGAAGAGAACCGGAUAACGGCAUUCUAUGCGCCUAAUAUGACGACCCCAGACACGGGCGGCGCAUUCGAAGAGGCAAUAGCGAUGCUGGUGGGAACCGUGCUUGUGGACGGCAUAGCGCGAAGCACGUCUAGAUUAUCCUCUCUCGUCAAAACUAAUGCCACUGCUGACGUGGUAACAAGACUUGAAACCUUCCUUCCCUCAGGUGAAAGGCUUUUCAAGUGGAAUCCAGACAGCUACGUUCCCGGUUUCUACUCCGUUCGCAUCGCACUAGAUUCCUACGGAUACGGAUACGGACUCCAGAACACAGCCGUCUGGGCAGCCAUGAUUGUCCUGCUGCUCUUUGCGCUGAUGUUGAUUGUGCAUGUAGCAUUUGUAGGCUAUUCUGUCGCUAGGGGACGGUACUAUGGUGGCGAGUGCUGGGAGGAUGUAGGGGAGCUCAUCGCGUUGGCAAUGAAUUCGGCGCCGAGCGAGAAGCUGUACGGCACGAGUGCGGGUGUGGAGCGCGCCGAUACAUGGAGGAGUUUGGUCAAGAUCCAGGAGACAGGCGACCAACAUCUGGAAUUGUGUGUCGUGGAUGGACAGCAGGAGCAUGGGGGGAGGGUCGUGAUCGGGAAAGCGUACCUGUAG